CUUUUACUUUAAUGCAUUUUUUAAAAUGUAAACUUCUGUGUCUUCUUGCUGUUCUUGUUGACUCCCAGCGUGUUUUAAAAGUAGCAGCCCAGACUGUGGAGCUGGCAGUAUCUAUUUUCAGAGGCUCAUGGCAUCUCUGAAGGGCAUAGCUGCCUCCGUAAUGACAGGUUACAGUGCAAGGCCCUGCAUUUGGAAGCAUUAAAACUGCUCUCUGGCCUGGGUGUGUACAUUUAAAUCACUGAGGUUUGUGGGAGCAAAUGUGCAUGUGUGUGUGUGUGUGAGUCAGGCAGACACAUUACCCUGCCCAUUCUCCGGUCCUCUGUCUGCGAGCGCGUCUCAAACAGGGCCGGCGCUGACAGGCAGUGGGCUGACAGCGGAGGCGUCAAGGCUCCAGUGUCAGGGGGAACAGACGGAACGGUCUGUUCUCUGUGUCACCGGCUCCUCUUGGGCUCACACACUAAACACGAUUGUAAGACAUGUGGUUUCACCCGCUGGCCUCGUCUGGAGUGACAUCAGACGCCAGCUGAACGCCCUUUUGUCUCUGAACUAAACUUAGAUCUGAGAAGAAGGGGGAGGGUUUUUGGCUAGUUGUGCAAGAAUUCUGAUUGAUUCGUGAUGACAACAUGACAGUACAAAUAAAUCACUUAUUUGUUUUUGUUGCAUCACUUAUUUAUCACUAAUGAGAUGGCAGCGUUUACUCUAGGGUGCUGGAAAGGGAGCUUUAACCAGUUGUUGAAUCACAGAUUCGGGAAGAGUAGUGUAGCGUUUGAGUCGUGGAACGAUGAACUAGUUCUUCACUCAUGCCAUGUUGCUGAGGGGACGGCGGGAGCUUGAACCUUUGAUCCACAUGAGUUUUGUGGAUCAGCAGAAGGAUCCACAUGUGUCAGACUCCUCUGACUGUUCUGCCAACAUGGAGCGACUGAGGAGUAAAGUGGAGCAGGAGCGUCAAACACACCAGGUCUUACAGAACACCCCUUUGGACCUGAUUGAAACAGGAAAGUCCUUGAAGGUCCAGGCAGAGCGUCCCCACCUGGUGAGUUUGGGAAGCGGACGUCUGAGCACAGCCAUCACGCUGCUACCGCUGCAGGAAGGGAGGACCACGCUGGGUAGUGAUGGGACAGACAUCCCCUUGCAGGGCCCGGGCAUUACAGCUCAGCAUUGCUACAUCGAAAACCAGGCGGGGAGCAUCACCCUGUACCCAUGUGGAAACCAAUGCUCUGUGGACGGACUUCCCAUCACAAAACCCUACCGCCUCACACAAGGGUGCAUGCUGUGUUUUGGCCAGUCUGCUUUUUUCCGCUUCAACCACCCAGAGGAGGCUCAGAGGAUGAAGAGCAUGCUGCCUGGAGGGAGUCUCAGAACAAACUCAACAAAACCCUUUUCCUCAGGCCCCCGCAGCGUCACCAAUGGAAACCUUGAGUCCUUCACAAGCAACAGCGAUGUCAAACUCAACAGCGUGGUGAAAAAUCUGCAGGAGACCCUGGUGCUGAGGGGGUCAUCGUCUUCUCCAGGGUUUGGUAAACGACCUCCCCAAACAUCUUCUGUGGACAUGCUGAACGAGAGGAACGGCUCAGCAGCAGGGAGCUCCGUUCACAAAAACAGCAGCAGCAUCUCAGCGGGUCCCAGCGUUGGCAAUAAAACCCCCGCGGUACCAUCCCGAUCAACUUGCUCCAGUCAGGCUCCCGUUCCCCAUCCAAGGACAUCCUUGUCUGUGGGUUUGAGUGGAACUGGUGUGGCUCAGAGGACCCAGGAGAGCCCAAAGCUUCCUAGGAACGUGAGGGCCGAGGCCCCAUCAAGCCCCAAGCCACAAGUCAGGGGAUCAGGUACAGACAACUCAAGUACCAAACCUUCUUCCAUCAGGUUUUCACAAACAGCUCCCCCCAGCCCUCGACUGAGAGGGUCCUCUCUACAGGUGAGAUCCCCUAGCCCACUGAGGGAGCAGCUUUUCUCCCAUGUUGAUGUUCCUCAGAGGAUAAGUGGGUCCAGCAGUCACAGAGAGCUUCCUGCUCUCAGCAUUGACGUGUCCUGUAGAGGAUCUUCAGGCUCACAUGGAGUCCCCGAGAGCCCCCACGAUCACCAAAAGCUUCUAACUCCUUCAAAGGCAGAGACCACCAGAGUGCUGUAUACGCAGAGUCCAUCACCGCUGCAGGGUCUGGAAAAGGAGUCAGGAGGCAGGUUGUUACGACCUAGCCCUGCAGGUCCAGGCUUGGGUUCAGUGUCUGGUUUGUCUCCUCUGGCGAGCCCUCGUAGUGAAAGGAAGACCACCAACAUGAGCGUGAAAGGAUCCACUGGAAAGGAAGGAAAUGUUACGAAACCUUACACCCGGGAACGCAAGAACAGCAUCUCAGAGAUCAGCGAUAAUGAGGAUGAGUUGUUGGAAUACCACCGCUGGCAGAGAGAGGAGAGGCUACGGGAACAGGAAAUGGAAAAGCUGGAGCGUCAGAGGCUGGAGACCAUCCUGAAUCUGUGUGCAGAGUACAAUCAGGUAGACAGCUCUGCAGGGCUGGAGGGGAGUGGACUGCUGGGGGGCGCCGGAGAUUCAGAGCCCGGAGGGGGAGCGUCUCCUCAGGGAGCAGACUGGGCUCAGAGACCGAAGGAGAACGAUGAGGAGAACCAGAGAGAGGAGUCCAGCAGCACAGAGAGCACACAUCAAGAGUGUGAGGAGCUGUUUUCUGGGAGGGAGCAGGUCUACCUGGAGGAGGAGAGGACGAGGAUCCUGGUCAGGGUGGAUGACCUGACGCACAGAGUGGGUGAGCUGGAGCAGCUGCUACAGGAGACCAAACAGGAGGUGGAGAUGGAGCAGGCGCUGCUGCAGGCCGAGAGGCGGGCUGAGCAGGAGCAGGUGGAGGCUGAAGGCCAGAUCAUCUCUCAGCUGCAGCUCAGACUCAGCCAGCUGGACUCGAACGCUCAGAGAGAGAAGGACAAGGGGAGAGCUAAUGUGUCGGCUGAGCGGAAGGUCCUGGAAAAGCAGAGGAAUGAGUACAAUGAGCUGAAGAUGCAGUUUGAUAAGUGCCCCUUGUCACUAAGGGAACAGUUGCAGGAGCAGCUCAGCAGGAAAGCUGACGCUCUGGAGUGUGGGACCAAGCGGUUUGAGGAGCUGGAAUUCUGUCAGCUGGAGGAGGAGAGCGGUCUGGAGGAGAAGAAGGAGGCUCAGCGCUUUCAGCUUCUCCAAGAGCGAGCCGAGUAUCACUGCAGUGUGGCCGAGAGAAAGGAGAAGAUGGCUGCCCUCGAUGCUCAGGUGAAGCAGCUGGGGAUCCAGGCAUCUCAGGAAUGUGAGAAAGUAGAACAUGAUAAGAAGAUUACCCUGCAGCUGCUACAUCAGGAACAAGACAGGUUGUGUUCCCUGGAGAGGAAGUACCACACCCUAACAGGAGGAAGAAGCUUCCCAAAGUCCUCCAGCAGCAUGAAAGAGGAUUUGCUUCACAUCAGCGAACCUGACCUUGUUUAUGUGGACGGGCCUCCUCAUAGUCCCUGUCCCUCCUUUGCCUCCUUCUCCUCCUCUCACAUCCCCUCCCCUGAACUCUGUCCUGUCAGGCUGCAAGAGGAGUAUCUCAGGCUGUCUGAUGUCUAUAGGAUGUAUGGAAAUGCUUCUCUGCAGCAUCACUCCUCCUCCCCCGCUGCUCUCCACUGCCUCUCUCUUACUGUAUCUCCAGCUUUGCCACGUGAGGAGUACAUCACAGUCAGUCAGUUAAGCCAGAUCUUUGGGAUGCAGCGAGCUAACCCCUCCCCUUCCUCCUCUACUCCAUCAUUCCAACUGGCCCAGUCUGAAUCCACCUUCUCCUGCCGCUCGGCUGCAUGUGGUCCUUCCUCUUUCCUCUCUGCGCAGAGCCAGCCUGAGCUCAGCAGGAAUGCAAUGCCUCCCAUUAAUCUUGAGCGCUGGUACCAGGACAUCAUGGCUGCUGGAGAGCCUCAGUCCUGUCCUCCACCGCUGCCUGCAAAGUCUUUUUCCACACGCAGACACAGGCAGUUGUUAAAGUCCAAAUCAGACGGUGAGGUUGGACAAGGAGCAUCAAGCUCUCCAGCCUGCAGCACCACCAUCCUGACACACACCAGUGGCUUCAGGCAUGAGAAAGCUGCACCUAUCACGUUGAUGCUGAGGGAGAAAACCCCAUUAGACAUGGACUCCAGGAAACUCGUGGCUCUGGAAUGCAAAGACCCAUCACCAACAGUCCAUCACUCCUACCUGCAUCAUCAGUCGCCACCCGGUGGUAACCAAGCAUAUGACACGCUGAGUCUGGAGAGCUCAGACAGCUUGGAGACCAGUGUCUCCAACUCCACGUGUACCCCAGAAAGCGCCUGUGGGUUGGAGGCCCAGAGGCUAGAGGAGAUGGAAAAGAUGCUGAAGGAGGCUCAGCAGGAGAAAGCCAGACUGAUUGAGAACAGAGAGAGGGAGGUGCAGGCUCGGCGGCAGAUGUUGGAGGAGGAGCGGAGGAGACGAGAGGAGGCCGAGAAGAGGCUUCAGGACGAGGCGGCCCAUAGGCGGAGGCUGGUGGAGGAGGAGGUGAAGAUGAGAGAGAAGCACUUCUCUCAGGCCCGUCCCAUGACGCGCUAUCUGCCUAAUCGUAAAGAAGAGUUUGACCUGCGAGCUCACGUGGAGUCGUGCGGUCACUGCAUUGACACCUGCCCCUUCGUCAUCCUCUCAGAGAAAAUGUGCAAAGGUCACCUGGUGAAGAUGGGAGGGAAGAUCAAGUCGUGGAAGAAACGCUGGUUUGUUUUCGACCGCCUCAAGAGGAACUUCUGUUAUUACGCUGACAAGCAUGAGACAAAGCUGAAAGGACUCAUUUACUUUCAGGCGAUUGAAGAGGUUUAUUAUGAUCACCUGCGCAGCGCCGCCAAGAGCCCAAAUCCAUCGUUGACCUUCUGUGUGAAGACCCACGACCGACUUUACUACAUGGUGGCCCCGUCCCCCGAGGCCAUGAGGAUCUGGAUGGACGUCAUAGUAACGGGAGCAGAGGGCUACACGCAGUUCAUGAGCUGAGACGCCUCCGAGGGACAGAUGGGGACAGAGAGAGACGGAGACACCUGCUCAGCACCACGCGGCCUGGCGGAGGGUAACGGACGGGGAGAAAAGUCUGAGACCUCCGAGUGAAUCAGGGCUAAAUAAUAACAGAGAUGCAUUUGAAAAGUUUGGAUUUAAGAAGGAAACACUCAGUCAGAAACGACAAGUUCUGUUUUUAAUCCCUGAAAUUAGCUUUUUGAUCAUUCAGGACAAGAUUUCUUACAUUUUGUUUACAACAAACUGAAUUCCUGCAGCGUAACCUUUUUGAUGCAUUUUUACAUUUUCUCCUGAAUUUGGGAACAUUUUCUGUUAAAAAUAAUAAUAUUUCUAACCACUAACCGUAUAAUAAACCAUUUAAGAAGCAUUUAAUGUCACACAAUGAUUUGAAUCUUGCUUUGUGCCAGAUAUCUAUCUAUUAAAGAUUUUUACAAUAUCAUUGUUAAUAUGUAUAUUUAUAUAAAGAGCUUUUCAGGUAAAUAACGUUUUUUUUACUGCAUAUAAAAAAGUAAAUUCUUGUCUCAAUAUUUUGUUGAUUAAAUUGCUUUAAUGACAUUCUAUAAAAACAACUAUUAAAUAAAUAAAAACACAA